AUGUCCGACGAGAGCAUAUGGAGGAACAUAGGUGGAGAAGGCUAUUGCUCGUUCAAGAUGAAGACAGAAGAGAACGCUCUGUGCAGGAACAAGAACAAUGUAACUGGGUUGUGCGACAGAUUUUCAUGCCCACUAGCCAACUCGAAGUAUGCAACAGUCCGGGAAAUGGGCGAAGAGCUUUUCCUGUUUAUCAAGGAGCCUGAGCGGGUGCAUGUUCCUAGAGAUGUCUACGAAGAGAUCAAGCUGUCUUCAAACUACGAAGAAGCUCUCAGGCAGAUAGAAGAGAAUCUUGAGUUCUGGGAUGAAAAGAUUAUCCACAAAUGUAAGCAGAAGCUUUCGAAACUCACGCAGUAUCUCCGAAGGUUGGAGCGCUUCAAGGAGCACGGGAAGACAAAGUAUAUGGUGAGAAGAAAGAAGAUGAAUAGAAGAGAAAAGCUCCGAGCACUCAAAACUUUAAACAAAAUCAACUUCGAGAAGAACAUAGGAGACGAGCUCAUGCUCAGGCUUGAGAGUGGAAUCUAUGGGACAGAGCUCAAGGACAGAUUCCAUUUGGCAAACAAGGCUGCAGUAGAAAGAGAAAAGAAACAGAAUCGAAAGAAGAGAUAUGUUGCCGAGUUGGAAGAAAGCGAUGGAAUUCUUGAAGAGGAAUCCUGUGGAGUAGAAAAGAAGGCGGACAAGAAAACUAAGAAGACUGCCAUGAAAUGGUGA